AUGAAUGAGGUAUAUAUAGUAUAAACAUAAUUUAGAAUCUAAAUCUACAAAAACUGUUGAAUAAUCAUCUAAACCCAACUAUUGAUAACCUUUAGAUUAUUUAUUCCAAAUUACAGCAGUUAUAAUAUUUUAACUCAUUCAUAGAGAAGAAUCUUAAGGGAACAUAGAGGGAAAGUCUCCUUUAUGUACAUAAAAUACCCAUAAUUAGUUAUGCGGAAAAUUCCGAAUGGAACAUUUCAAAGGAGGAGAAGUAAUAUUCAAAGAGGGAGACAAGUCAAACGACAAAUUAUAUAUAAUAUUUAAUGGUAAAGUAGCUUUGAUCAAAGCUCGACCUUAAUAAAUAUAAUAAGUGAUUGACAGACCUCCUGAAAUUUAAAAAACACCUUCAGUCUAACAAAAUUAAUUGCCAAAACCUGUUCCUCUUAUACCUCAGUAUAUAUAUAAUUAUGAUUGAUAAAGGAAAACAAUAAGUGCUAAUGCUACUGGGACAAACUUUUUCAAAUAAUUGGCAUAUUCAAAAAAGUUUGCUGAUAAAAUGAAGGGAAACAUAAUUCAGGGUUAAACUAAUGAAAGAGUAUAAAUAACACAAUAAGAAAUUUAAUUUUUAAGCGAGAAGUAUGGAGAAACAAUUAGAAUAUUAAAAAGAGGAGAAGGAUUUGGAGAUAGAGCUUUAUUAGAGAAUGUUCCAAGAGCAUUAACAGCUUGUGCUCAAACUUAAGAUUUAUUUUUAUUGAUUUUGAAAAAAGAUGAUUUUGAUUUAAUUCGACAGCAAUUCAUAUAAUAGAUGAAAGAAAAGAAAAGUUUAAUAUUCACAAAAUUUCCUGUUUAAGGGGAUUAUUCAUCUAAAUAAUUAGAACAUUUAGCAUAUAGUUUUGAUGUUGAAUAAUUUUAAAAAAAUUUUAUAUUAACAGUAGAUGGACAUCCAAAAAAGUCUUUUUAUUUGAUUUAAUAUGGAGAUAUAUUAAUAGAGAAAUUAAUUAAUGAUUAAAUGACUAAAAUUUGUAUUUUAAGUACUAGUAUUAUUAAAUUUUAAUAGCUAAAGGAUAAUUAUUAGGAGAAGAGAUUGUUAUGAAUGAGGAUGGAUGUUGUGAAUAUAAUUCAAUAGUUUUAACAAAUGAGGCUACAGUUAUGGUGAUUCAUAAACAUGAAUUUUUAUAAAAAUUUCCUGAAGAAUGUAAAUAAUGGGUUAGAGAAGAAUAUUUAAAGAAAAGUAAAUUUAGAAAAAUAUUUUAAUCAAAAAAUAUGGAAAGUCUAACAGGAAUUGGAAAACCUAAUUUUAGUGAAGUAAAAUAAUACAUAGAGAUAAAAAAUAAUCCAAUGAAAAUAAAAAGUAAAGAAUCUGAAGAUAAAAUUGAUAUAGGAACAUUGAUUGAAGAAAAGAAUUAUAUAUAUGUAUAAAAAUAUUAGAGUGAUCCAGAAAAAGAUGCAACAGCUACAUUAUUUGGAUAAGAUUUAUAUUAAACACCAAAAUUAGGAUUCAUUCCUAAAUAUGAUAAAUUUAGUAACAUACCAUUAAGAGCAUUUAAAGAAUAAUUUUUAAAGAAAUUAUGUUCUAAAAAAAGAAGACUUGAAUAUUUACGACCUCUUCCUUUAACGGCUCGUGUAUUAACUUUAAAAACUAAUUAAUCAACUAAUUUAAGUAAACAUAAACAUAAUCACACUCUUACAUAAUCUACUGCUAUUAAUUCAUAAACUCCAUGUCUCUCUUCAUCCCCUAAUUAUACAAAUAGCAAAGAAAUUAAUUGA